CAGUGAUGUAUAGUUAUACAUCAACACAAACCCAGUCAGUUUAUUAUCAAGCUUGUACUUGAUCGGGCGUUUCCAUAAGAUCAAAAUCAUCCAAAAAAAAUAAAUAUAUAUACCAUCAAAAAUAAUUAUAGAAAUGUUUAUAAAUAAACAAAGAACAACAAUGAGGAAUUUAGUGAUUACCAUGAUACUGAUUUUUCAGAUUUCAUUUAUUUACUGUGAAUCACGUCCCAGUUUUGUAUCAGAUGACAUGAUUGCAGCUGCAGCAAGUGUUGUUAAUGCGUGUCAAACGCAAACAGGCGUUGCUACAGCUGAUAUUGAAGCUGUUAGAAAUGGUGAUUGGCCAGAUUCAGAACCACUAAAAUGUUAUAUGAAUUGUAUGAUGGAAUCAUUUGCACUCAUUGAUGACAGAAAAGAAAUAAGUCUAAAUGGAAUGUUAUCAUUUUUCCAACGAAUACCAGCUUACAGAGAAGAAGUUGAAAAAACAGUUAGAAAAUGCAAAUACAUUGGUAAACACUUAGCAAAUGGAGACAAUUGCCAGUAUGCUUAUACAUUCAACUUGUGUUACGCAAAAUCAUCACCAAAAACAUAUUACCUGUUUUAAUUGUGAUGACAAUCAUUAAACUGCCAUAAAAAAAAUCAUGAAAAUUCAUUUUUUAAAUUGGAAUUAUAUCUUACAAAAUUAAUGGUGACCAAAAAGAAGCUCAAUAUUAUACAUAAAAAAAUAAUUGAAACAUAAUCGCCGAAUAUUAUAUCCAAAAAUGGAUGAAAAAUUAAUUAAUAUACGUAAUUAAAAUUAAAUACAAUCAUGAUAUUUGUUAUUAAAUAUAUUAUAUAAAUGUUUCAUGUACGUCUUUAGACAAAUAAAUGUUUUUUUUUUUUUUAAAUUUCUGUUGAAAUACAAAUUUUUGUUCUCCUUUUAA